UCGCUUCCACCACCCUAGUCCCAAACCUCAAUUCACAGUAUGAAAGGGAUAAGGAGUUACUCCGUGAAAACAAUCAAGGAGAUGAGAAACCCCCACCCCUUGUGUUGACUGCAGUGAGAGGAGGAGUUACACGGCUUGGCAGUCAAUCCUCCGCCCCCUUUUUGAUCAUGUGGGCGGUUUAAUAUGGCUGCCUCCAUGCCGAUCCCGUGGUGUCCUUUUGCUACAACAGUGAUAGCUGUAUUACUCAGCUGCUGUACGUUAGCGUUUGCUGAUGGAGUGCAGAAUCAAGCAGAACAAUUUUUUAGGAGUGGACAUACAAACAACUGGGCGGUUCUGGUUUGCACAUCUCGAUUCUGGUUUAACUAUCGCCACGUGGCCAAUACCCUUUCAGUUUAUAGAAGCGUCAAGAGACUAGGCAUUCCUGACAGCCAUAUAGUCUUGAUGCUUGCAGAUGAUAUGGCCUGCAAUCCACGGAAUCCAAGUCCAGCUACUGUGUUUAGUCACAAAAACAUGGAACUGAAUGUCUAUGGAGAUGAUGUGGAAGUGGAUUACAGAAGCUAUGAGGUUACUGUGGAGAACUUCUUGCGAGUGUUGACAGGCAGAAUCCCAGCAAGUGCACCUCGCUCGAAACGUCUUCUUUCUGAUGACAGAAGCAAUAUUCUGAUAUAUAUGACAGGCCAUGGUGGAAAUGGAUUCUUGAAAUUUCAAGAUUCUGAAGAAAUCACAAAUGUAGAACUUGCAGAUGCCUUUGAACAGAUGUGGCAGAAAAGGAGGUACAAUGAAUUACUCUUUAUCAUUGAUACAUGCCAAGGUGCAUCCAUGUAUGAGCGAUUUUAUUCUCCCAACAUAAUGGCACUGGCAAGUAGCCAAGUUGGAGAAGACUCACUUUCACAUCAACCAGAUUUUGGAAUUGGAGUUCAUUUGAUGGACAGGUAUACAUUUUAUGUUUUGGAGUUCUUGGAAGAAAUUCAUCCAGCUAGCCAGACCAAUAUGAAUGACCUUUUUCAGGUGUGCCCUAAGAGCUUGUGUGUCUCUACACCUGGUCAUCGGACAGAUCUCUUUCAGAGAGAUCCUGAAAACGUCCUGAUAACUGAUUUCUUUGGAAGCGUACGAAAGGUGGAGAUUACAACUGAGAUAAUUUCUUUGGAUCCUAGUUUAGCUCCUGCAGAGUCCAGGCAUGCUGUGGAUGAAGUAGCAACAGAGACAUUAAAAUAUGCGAACCAACUUCCAGUAGCACAGAUAAUACACCAGAAGCCAAAACAGAAGGACUGGCAUCCUCCUGGGGGAUUUAUUUUAGGACUCUGGGCACUCAUUAUCAUGGUCUUCUUUAAAACCUAUGGAAUCAAGCACAUGAAACAUGUCUUCUAGAACCUCAGAGCAACCAAGAUGUCUGCAGUGAAUGCAUCCUUGCAUGGAAAAUAAAAGUUUAAUGGAUAAAGAGUGCUCAAGUCUCCUGCCUGCAAAUUCUCAUUACAUUGCAUUUCUCUUCCUUAUUAUGAUCUUUACAUCUUUCACUUCAUAUUUUGGCUUUUUAAAGACAUAUGUUUAAUACCAGUUUAGACACAAUUGUGUACGAUAUCAGAGACCGUUCACACAAAGUCCUCCAUUUGUUCUGAUGACACGAACUCUCUAAGGAACAAGUGCAGGGGCAUUCCAAGGUGUAGAAACAAGAUUUAAAUAGUGACUGACUUACUGCCAGGAGGAAAAUCUGUCUGCUCUACAGGCGAGGAAUACAAAGUGUUUCUGUCCUGAAUGGGACUGCAGAAUGGAUGAGAUGUAGCAUUAGGCCUUACUGCCACUCAGUUCUUGCAGAGCAGACACCUGAAGUCCAAGUAUUUUUUGCCUUUCCCCAAACGAUCAGCAACAUCCAAGUUCACUUUAUUGAUUUUUUUUUUUUUUUAAGGAAAGGUCUUUGUGUGGAGGAGCAAGGUCCUACAUCUUUCAGGGAAAAUCUCAAGUCACACUUUGUAAGUUGUACCAAAAGCUUUUUCGCUCAGGCUGCAUUGAGUGUACUGGUAGUUGCAGAACAGAAC